GACAGGGGAAGCGCGUGGGGAGGCAACAAGAAAGGAAAAAUAAUAAAGAAAGGGACCCCCUGUGUUCUUCCCAACUUCAUAUUUAAGCACCACUAUCCACUCGCUAAUUCCAACGUUGUAAUGCGUGCUUCUUAACUCCCUCCUCUUCACUCACUCUCCGACAUCGUUUUACUCGAACGAUCAAACUCUGUUGAGAAACAAACCCUUCUUUCUCUCUCUGAUUCAGAGAACAUCCUAAGAACUCAAUUGAUUCUGCAUAUUACUGUUAGUGUUUUCGUGUUCUUUGUCUCAAUGGAGGUUCAAACUCACACCCACGCUCACUCCACCUUCGAUGUCAACCCCAACCCCAACGCAUCAUUCCCUUACGACAUUCAUCAUCCUCAAUUUCGGAGCUCCGAAUACCCGACCCCAACAUUCCCACUCUCCCCUCAAGACCUGUCACAACCUUCACCCACCCACGGCUCAUCGGGGCCUCACGCGCCGGGACGCGCCUGCCCCCAGACUACUGCUGCCCUCAAGGUGCAAAAGGUCUACCGCAGUUACCGCACACGCCGGAGGUUGGCUGAUUCCGCCGUCGUCGCCGAGGAGCUCUGGUGGCAAGUGAUUGAUUUCGCGAGGUUAAACCACAGCACCAUUUCGUUUUUCAAUUUGCCCGAGAGUGCUGCAUCACGGUGGAAUAGGGUGAAACUCAACGCUUCCAAGGUGGGAAAGGGCUUGUUCUUGGACGCCAAAGCACAAAAAUUGGCUUUUCAACAUUGGAUUGAAGCUAUUGAUCCACGCCACCGCUAUGGGCAUAACUUGCAUUAUUACUAUGAAGAAUGGUGCAAGACGGAUUCUGGCCAGCCAUUCUUUUUUUGGUUGGAUUUGGGAAAUGGAAAAAAUCUUGAUCUUGAACAGUGCCCGAGAUCGAAACUCCGAAAGCAAUGCAUAAAGUAUCUUGGACCUCAAGAGAGAGAGCACUAUGAAUACACUGUCUGCGAGGGGAAAAUUAUCCACAGGCAAUCUGGGGAUUUUCUGCACACAAAAGAAGAUUCUAAGGAUGCCAAGUGGAUAUUCGUAAUGAGCACCUCAAAGAAACUUUAUGCUGGCAAGAAAAAGAAGGGAUUAUUCCACCAUUCUUCUUUUCUAGCUGGUGGAGCUACCUUGGCUGCUGGAAGGCUAGAGGCUGAGCAUGGUGUUCUUAAGUCCAUCUCUGCAUAUAGUGGACACUAUCGGCCAACAGAUGAGGCGCUCAACUCCUUCAUAUCAUAUCUCAAAGAAAAUGGUGUCAAUAUUGAUGAAGUUGAGAUUCGCAAUCCAAAAGAUGAUGGCGAUGCUUACGAGGAUGGAAAGGUUAGUGAAAUGGAGACAGUAGUUGAAGAUUCUAACCAUGGUAAUAUACCAGAGCCUGGAAUUUCUGAGGAAGCUGAGAACACCUCAUCUUCAAGCAAUGUAGUAGACCCUCAACCUUUAUCUGUUGGUAGUUAUAAAAGGACUCUCUCAGGUGGUCUUCAGAGUCCAAGAGCUGAGGUGCCCAAGAAAGCAAUAUUGCAAAGAAUCAAUUCCAAGAAGGCAAAAUCCUACCAAUUGGGGCAUCAACUUUCACGUAAAUGGUCAACUGGGGCUGGACCAAGAAUUGGGUGUGUUGCUGACUACCCUGUAGAGCUUAGACUGCAGGCCCUGGAAAUGCUUAACCUUUCUCCAAAACUUCCUCCUUCACCUUCCUCGUACAGGUUACUAGGUGGUCUUGUCUCACCUACGGCUUGCUCAACACCCAAUGGCACAAGAACUGAAACUGAUGAGAAUUCUCGUUAUUCAACUCCUAAAUGAUAUUAGGAUUAUGUCUGUCAAGGUUAUUAUAGGUGCUUUAGUUAAUGUAUGUUAAAUAUCGUUCUUUAUGUCAUGUCUACUUUGAAGAACUUAAUGUUGUCUUUAUAAAAUUCAAUAGUUAUUAUCAGCUCA